AAUCUUCUCGUUUCUCCCCAGGCAGGUCCCAGCGGCCAGUUGGCAGUUUAUCUGAUCGGAUGCUGGGGAGCUCACUGGUCCCGAGGUCUACACAUGAAGUCACCGUAAAGAGGGCGGCUCCCGCAUCGUAAAGACCUCGUCUCCGCGAGGUGAGGCUAAGAUGAGCAUAACCAGCGACGAGGUGAACUUCCUGGUGUAUCGCUACCUCCAGGAGUCAGGUUUUUCCCACUCGGCGUUCACGUUCGGUAUCGAGAGCCACAUCAGCCAGUCCAACAUCAAUGGGACGCUAGUGCCGCCAGCCGCCCUCAUCUCCAUCCUGCAGAAGGGACUUCAGUAUGUGGAGGCCGAGAUCAGCAUCAACGAGGUGGGUGCCCUCCCCGUCUCCCGGGAUCCUGCCGGGAUCGCCUCCGUCCCGUCUGUCGCUUUGAACUGGGUCACGACUACUCGGCUGUAUCGAGGAUCCCCGAUUCUUGGGGUGAUGGUCGUGGAAGUAAGAGUUACUAACUUUUUCUUUUUGUUUUGCGGAGCACAGACAACAAUUAUUUGGGACGCCCACACAGGAGAAGCCAAACAACAGUUUCCGUUUCAUUCCGCCCCCGCUCUCGACGUAGACUGGCAGAACAACACUACCUUUGCCUCCUGUAGCACAGACAUGUGUAUUCACGUCUGCAGACUGGGCUGCGACCGCCCCGUCAAAACCUUCCAAGGACACACGAACGAGGUGAACGCCAUCAAAUGGGAUCCUUCUGGAAUGCUGCUAGCGUCCUGCUCGGAUGACAUGACGUUAAAGAUCUGGAGUAUGAAGCAGGAUACGUGUGUCCAUGACCUUCAGGCCCACAGCAAAGAGAUCUACACCAUAAAGUGGAGUCCCACCGGGCCAGCCACCAGCAACCCAAAUUCCAACAUCAUGCUAGCAAGCGCUUCGUUCGAUUCUACGGUCCGACUGUGGGAUGUGGAGCGAGGCGUCUGCGUCCACACGCUAACCAAGCAUCAGGAGCCUGUCUACAGCGUAGCUUUUAGCCCUGACGGGAAAUACUUGGCCAGUGGCUCCUUCGAUAAGUGCGUGCAUAUCUGGAAUACUCAGAGUGGAAGUCUUGUCCACAGCUACCGAGGCACUGGCGGCAUCUUCGAGGUGUGCUGGAAUGCCCGAGGGGACAAAGUGGGUGCCAGCGCGUCCGAUGGCUCUGUGUGUGUUUUAGAUCUCCGAAAGUAAACACAAACUAUUCUAGAAGAGAAUUCUAACGGACCAGCAGUGAAUGUGUGAAGCAGCAAUGCUCAGACACCGUUCUUUCCGCUCCAAAACUGUACGAACUUGACUUGCAUUAGAGUGUACUUGGAAAUCAGUUCAUCCUGGCCACAGGAGUCUCUACUUUCUCGUAAUCUUCAUCAAGAAGUUUAAACCAGAAACAUACACAGUCCUAUCAAAGGGGGGAAGGAAUGGUUUCCACCCAGAACAUUCAGCCUGGGAAGCAUGGAGCCACCGGCUAGGCGGGGCACGGUUUGCUUUCCAUCCAGAACAGGCUCUGAUCGUUGAGAGGAGAAAAGACGAAGAGGAGAAAAAAGAAAACAAAAAAAGCUGUGCCAAAAAAGAAAAAAGAAAAGAAAAAAGAAAAAUGCUGUGAUAAAACCAAAAGUGGGGGAGGGGACUCUCCUCCACAUGGUGGGUUCGCUUUUUCCCCCUAACAAUUUGGACACUGCACUUGCUCUCACAAAGGAUGUUCAAAGACCAGUUUGUACCGAUGAAAUGCGCAACUUUGUAAUCCCAACACUUUCUAUUUUCUAGAAUCUUCUUUGUCCGGUGGUUUUUCUAUUGGCUGGAAUCCUGUCGUCCGGGGGCCUUCGGUCUGAGAUGGAAACUGGUUUUGGUUUGUUGCUUCCUUCCCACUGUGUGCCCCCUCCACCUCUCCUUCGCGCGGUGUGGCGUUGGUUUGACUACACCUUCCGUAGACGCGCCUCGUGGACACCAUGCCGGAAUCUCUGACGGUCGGCUUUCCCGUCCCUUCCUCCUCCCCUCCGCCCUCCCUCCCUCUCCCUCACCGCCCCUCGCUCACUCGCUGUCCCUUUCUCAUAGUUGCUUCGGAUCUUCGGUCUCAAGGGCACUUUCGGCGCAUAAUAAGUGCUUUAUGUAAGAAGGCAGGGCACGGGGACUUUUUACAGGAGAAAAAAAAAAAUACUUAUAAGAGAAAGAGCCCGGAGUAUUUUUGGAAAAAAAAAAAAUAUUUUUAUGUUAAAACAAUUUUAAAAUCCUAAAAUGGCCAUCAGACACAGAGAGCUUUGUGUGAUUCAUAUUUUAAGCAAAUCUUAGGAGGACACAGGCAGGGUCUGAGGUGGCCUUUCCGUUCCCUGCAGCAUCGUGAAAGGCGGUUAGGAAUCUGGGUGGAAAAGUCUGGGUGGGUCCUGGGGGGUCGGCGGGGGGAUGCUUCUGCAGCGAGAGACGCAAAUCCCGGCGCUUUUUGGUUCAAAGAAGAGUGUCACAUCGUUUCAGGGGUGUUCACCCUCGUAGCCGGCACGAGAGGAGUCAAGAGCAGAGCCCUCUGACCCCAGGAAGCAUUUCCCAAACCAAAUGGAAUUGAAGAAGCCAUCCACACUGACAGCUGGGCUCCCUGUCACCUGUUAGCGACCUCUCGUUCACGGCACUCUGAGUACCCACGGUCGCUUCACCGAGAGCGGUUGACCGGUCCUUGCACAGCUCACCUAAAAGCCUCCGGGAUCUCACCCGGUGUGAUAGUGACAGAAACGAACGGGAAAGGGAGACUCUCAGUCCUGAAGGUGAAUUACGUAGGUAGAACAUCACUAAUAAUUUCUGCCGUCUUCAUCAUUUCUUUCUCUCACAAGAGACCAGGAGAAAGAUUUUUUUUUUUUUUAAAUAAUGAAUCUUUUUACUGUUUUUAAAAAAUUAAACAUGGCUUUGUGUUCCUAGAGGAGUUUCCUUUCAUUGGAUCAGGUGCCCUUUGUACUCUCGUCCUAACCCGACACUGACCUGUUUUUUUACAUUAGCAUCGGGGAAGGAGCGAAAGAUUGGGCCUCUUCUCUCCUCUGUUUCCCAGCGGGCAUACGAAGGGGCGAGGAAGCUGGUCAGGCCCGGGGGCAGGGGUGCCGGUCGGGGGCAGGCUUCGGCUGGGUGCGCGUCCCAGCAGUGAGACAGGGUGUCGUUUGGAGGGUGGCGUCCGUCCGUGAAGCCAGAAUCCAGCCGGCAGCACAGCGGCCUCCCGCAGAACGUGGAAUGUGCGGGGACCGGCGGCAACAGCCAGGGUGUGUUCUUCCUUCUAGAUCGUUCAUUGCCCUCCGCUUGGAUACCCGAGUGAUGCAAGCCCCGUCUGUAGAAGACCAAAAAGGGCUCUGUGUACAAGCUGGGUAUUUGAUUCAGGCUCCGUUCCCUAAGUGUUUAGCCCGGAAGGUCCGAGUUCUGUGGCGUCACAUUCCCGUUUUUGAAGGUCGCAGACGACGACCGCCUGCCCUAAGAAAUCAUUAGGUUUGGGACGCUGUUUGCUGGGGAUCCAGACCAACACCGUCUUGACCCCUACCCCAAGUAAAAAUGUCACCUCUGCAGAGAAGUUGUUGAGGGUUGGGCCACGGUCAGCAUGUGGCUCGUGUCUUACAAGCCAGUCGACGUCGGGCGGUCAUGGUGGGAUGUCCUGUCGGGUUCACUAGAUAAGCUUCCCGUGGACGUCAGUGGCCGGGGUCCUGUGGAGCUGUGGGCUUUAGCCUCGUGAUUCGUAAGUCUGAAUCACGUGGGAAUGAUCAGCUGGGAGCCAUGGGCUGCAAGGCACAGAAUGGAGCUGGGGUGACAGAGGCAGAUGGUCCCCAACCCUGCCUCCCCACCCCCCCCCCCCCCGCCAGCAGCCGCAGGAGAGGAGCACCCGGGCCUGAAGAGGGACGGAGCCUGAGCACGCAGGGCAGGCCUCCGGCCCACCCCCACCCUCGGCACGACAGCUGUCCGCUGAGCCUCUCACGUCAGCGACUUCCAGCAAGCCGGGAGGUUCCCCCUCACCGAGGGGUGGCCCUCGUGGGAAGUUCCUGUUUGCCAUUGUUUACGGCUCUUAAACAAUGGUGGGUAAACGCUGAAGUCUUAGUGACCAAAUUGAACCUUGAUUCUGAAAGCAGAGUAACCCAGUCAUCCUUCCUGGAAUCUUCGCUCGGGCUUGAAAUGACCAAGAGCGUGUCCUGGGGUCUGAAGUGACCAAGAGCAUGUCCUGCACCACAGGGUCUAAACCCUCUGACCCCACACGACACCCGGGACUUGACCUCCGUCUUGUCUUUCUAAAACUAGAUCACGGAGCCCAGUGAAGUGCACUUUGUCAAAUGUAAGGGUCUGCUUUAUUCCUUGUUACUUUAUUUUUUAACCUUCUGUUCCAUCUUGUUUUUUCUUUCUUUUAUCCUGUUUCUUGUCAAAUGCAGAAAUGUUCCUUCCGCCACUCACUGAAGUUUUGAAUUCUGGCUUCUGCAGUUUUUAUUGUCUGUGUCAGACGUACAGCCAGAUGUGGUCCUCUGUCUGCAUUUUCUAGAUUCGGUUCCGUUCACAUCACCCCUCGUUUCGUCGUCCUCCACCCCCACUCACCUUCACGCUCUCUGAGAAGAAGAAUCACUUUGUGUGUCGUAGCUCAUUUGUUUCAAGAGAAAAUCAACAGAUCAUACUCAGUGUCUUGAAUAAAUUGCUCUAUUUUGAUAUUAGA